AGACUGGAAAGUUUGAGUUCUUGAAGAUGGAGCGAAUUGACAUUGAGAAGUUUAUAACCGAUGAUUUAAUCGCAAUGCCAAACAAUUCGACGCUGUAUGAUGAUUUAAAAAAUCAAAUUUUGGCAAGGAAAAAUACGGACAUUCUCAUGAAGCAAGACAAGACUGAAGAGCAUUGUCAUGGAGAUGUUUUGCGCUAUCAUUCGGAGUAUUUCAGUCAUUGUCUUCCGACAGGAUCUGUGAUUAAUUUGCCGUAUGAAAAUGUACAUCCCGUUGUUUUUAAAUUUUUGUACGAAUGGAUGAUAAUGGGAAGCACUGAGUGUCCUCGCAAUAAGUUACUCGAACUGCUUGAUGCUGGAUUUUUUCUAUAUAUGCCCAUGCUUGUGAGCAGCAUAUUUCAAUGCAUGGACGACAAGAAAACCUUCACAGCGAGUGAUUCGAUCGAUACCUAUUAUAAGGCACUGAAUAAGAAUGUUUUGGGCAUCGCCGAUUUAAUGUUGGCCAGUGUUCGAAAAUAUUUCCUGUUGAUGAUCAACACUGUGGAAUAUUCUGAAAUUGAAGUUAGUUGCUUGUGCAAUUUACUCGAUUCGGAUAACUUGGGUGUUCAAUCGGAGAUCGAGGUGUUCUAUGCAGUCUUUGUUUGGAUCUACGUUGACUUUGAAGCUCGUAUGGUUCAUUUGGAGCGUAUCCUUAAAGCAGUGCGAUUUAAACUGUUGCCAUCAGAGUUUCUUUGCAACAUUGGGAUGCAUUUGCACGAGCUUCAUCCAGACAUUGCUGCAGUUCUUCAUCCCAUUCUGCAAGAGACCAUGUGGUUUCACCAGGUACUCGACAUGGAAGAGGACGUUGGAGAAAAUAUUAAGCCAUGUCAACGCAUCUGGAUUAGGGAUCCACAAUGCCCAUAUAUAGAUCUCGUUAAAAAGGGCAAGCAUAUUGAUCACGUUGAUUUUAUGCAGUAUGUGGUAACCCUUGAUAAUGCCGAGGAAUUUUCGGAUCGCUUACUUCAGAAGGAAAGUAACGAAAGUGGUGACGAAACACCUACAGAAUAUAGCGGAAGUGUAGAUGAAUACAAUGUUGAAACUACCGAAGACUCACUUGUAGAAACUACCGAAAAUGCAGAAGAAUCACACACUGAAUGUACCGAAAGUGUAGAAGACACACUUACAGAAGGUACCGAAAGUGAAGAAGAAUCACUUACAGAAGGUACCGAAAGUGUAGAAGAAUCACUUACAGAAGGUACCGAAAGUGUAGAAGAUUCAAUUACAGAAGAUACCGAAAGUGUAGAAGAUUCAUUUACAGAAGGUACCGAAAGUGCAGAAGAAUCACGUACAGAAGGUACCGAAAGUGUGGAAGUAAAGAAAGUGUAGACGAAUCACCAACAGAAUAAUCGUUUCGUUUAAUUUUGUUAUCAUAAUGUUAAUAAAGUUUUUUUUUUUUUUUUGGU